AUGCUGUGGCUCAAUUCUCUUGUUUGCAGGGUCAAGAAAUUCAUUAGAAACAAUAGAGGUGAAAUACAAGACGAUUUUGAGUCAUUCAAUGGCUUCUCGUGGGUAGAGGAGGUUGAGUACGAUGCGUUCGCGAACGGCAUCGAAAGCGCCUUCUUCGGGAUCUCAGCCUCGAAAACAAAGGUGGCGGACAGCCAUCCCGUACAGCACAUUCUGUACCGUCGCUGUUUUUUAUCGAGUGGGCUCCCCCUUCUACACGCGGCGCGAGGUGCAGACUACCAGGUUAGGACGAUCCAACCAGGAACCCUUCGUCUCGUCAUGCAUCCAGAAAUGGAACAGGACGGCUGGGGAAGACGGGGUGCAUCAUUAUACCAUAUAGAAUGUUUUGAGGAGAUUGUCGAUUUCUCCAAGGUGGAAUUUCUUGGCCGCCUUCAACCUCUGACCAGGAACACCGUGAAAUAUCGGAAUUUGAACAUCGGAAGCGUUCUAGACGGCAACUAUCUCGUCUCUGGGGGAGUAGAACGCCUUGUUCUAGAAUGGAAAGUCAACCAUGGGAAGUGGGCUGACAAGCGGGAUGGCUUGUAUGAUGAAAGCCGAAGACUUCCCGCUGACUUCGAUUCUCUGCUCCGCCAAGCGGGUUCUGCUGUUUACCAAUGUUCCAAAAUCCCCGAUGGUAUGGAUCGAAUCAAAUAUUACAACCUUAUUACUACUCUAGCACCAAAUGAGAGUGACGGUCAGGAUGAUACUUCAGAGUGGAAUCUAUUCUCUGAAUACCUUGACCCAGCUGUAGAAGCGUUGGAUAACCCACAUGACUUGAGCGCCAUGCUCCGACGCUGGCAGACUGACGUGGAGCUUGCCACUGAGGAGGAAGACAAAUUGGAUGAAUUCCAAAAGAAAGCAAGACAUGCGCCAGCCUCCAGAUAA